AUGCUUAAAGCCAACGGCCACAAAAUAGAUCUUGACCACUUAGACUUAAACCGUACCUACACGUUUGAAGAAUUCGAAUUCAUUAAUGAACAAUUAAAGACACAUACCUUGGAGAUCAACGAGACCCCUGUGGAUCUAUUUGAGUUCAAUAAAGGAAAAAUCCUUCCAAUGCCCCAAAAUCCGAUAAGUAAGGAAGCUGUAGUUUGUGAAAUUUCUAGACAACUUAGCAAUUGGAAUGUGCAGACUCGUCAAAAUGGAAUUAUCACUACAUCUCAGGGUGGAUUUGAUUUCAAAAUUUCUGGUCAACGGGCAAUUCGUACACCUGAUGUUGCAUUUAUCCCAAAGAAUAUUUACCGUUCACUUAAUCAUCAACAACAAUGGACCUUCAUGGGUCAGCCAUUUACGCCUACCUGCGUUGUAGAGGUCGCAGUUACUCAAGAAGGAUACCAAGAAUUCAAUGAUUUAGAUCAAAAAUUCAGGGAAGUUUACUUUGCAACGGGCUCGUCAGUUGAGCUUGGUUGGUUAGUGGACCCACAAAAUAAGCAGAUAUAUAUUUACAGACGGAGGGCUAAUAGGGUUGUUUAUCGAACUUCACAUGGCUGGAAUAAUGUAAAUGGUGGCAAUGUUUUGCCAGGAUUCACACUUGAAGUAGAGAAAAUUGAUGAUGCAAUUUCACAGAAAUCCUCGGAAUCAUCAUCAUCAGAAAGUGAUGAAACAAUUAACUGUCCUAAAUGCGGUGCAACUUUCUCAAAUGAUUACACUUUCAUGAAACACUACGAAGAUAAUCAUGCUCGUAAAUGGCGUAAAAAAGAGUGA